UCUACGUAGCUUCAUUUUAAGCGAAUAGCGAGAUUUGUGUCAUCACGUUUUAAAAUAAUAAUAAUUGUAACUGCCUAACUGGUAUAAAUACACACAACAUAAUUCUUUACCUACAACACAAACAUAGAGAUAGAAGAAAAUGAAGAGAAAAGUGAGUCUGAUUGCUUUGUUCCUGGUUCUCUCUUUCGUGGUUUCGUCUUAUGCAGCUCCAACUCAGCCAGACCAAAUCCGCAAAGUUUUGAUGAAUGAUGAUAGAAGCACCCCCUAGUAAGUCAGGAUCCACACGCCGAUGUUGUUAGCAAGGCGAAAACAGCAUGUGAGCGGCCGUCUAUGGUUCUAUGGUUCGCGUGGUGUUUAAGUAGACCGGUUUACAAAUUUUUUAUUAUAUAAUUCUUCUUUUUAACAUUUUAUAGUUCAAAAUGAGCAGAAUAAUACAAAAAGAUACAUUCAAUUCGCUUGAAUGGAGUCCCUCUGAAUAAAAUAUAUCUUCAUCUAUGCGCAUUUGGAUGUAUUUUCACGCGCUACAUUGAACUGUUUGGUGCAUAUUUCUAUAGUACUUGUUGUUAGCAAAGCGAAAGCAGCGGGGAAAAAACACCCAACCAACAUUUAAUAGAUGUAAGUUAAAUGUUAUGACAUGUAAUGAUCUUUCACUUCGAUCAAUAUAUAGUAGUUGCGGAAGGAGAGAAACAUUCGAUUAUAUUCCUCCAUCUUCAAAACUGAUCCUCAAUCACCUGGUGAGAGAGAUUCACCAGAUUCUCUGCAGCAAGUUAGCUUGUCUUGAUCGCCUUAGGUUUUCAUGUUAUUUUUCACCCACUAUAAUCUCACGAGUUGCGAUGAAGUUCGUACACUUUUGUUCGGUCAAUUAAUCAAUUUAUAUAACCCCUGGCUAGGUGUAUCGUCAUGUCUUGUACUCUCAUUGUGUGUGCUUGUGUAUACUUCUUCAGCUCUUUUUUCAUAUUACUUCAGAAGAUGUCCCCGUAAAAGAAAUAAAAGAGAGAAAUAAGGAAAAAUAAUUUUAAAAGUGGUUAUUUAAAAAAAAUUAUCAUUUAAUAUGUAAUUUUAACCAAUUAUAAAAGGUCUAUAUAAUUUAAUUGGUCACAUAAUAUUCAAUAAAUUUGAAAUGUUAAAAUUACUUAUACUGUGAAACAAUUUUUUUUCUUUCUAAAACUACUUAUAUUAUGAAACAAAUAUAAGACAUGGGUGUAUACAAUUAGACUAUCGAGUGUACAUCAAUGAGUUCUUUUAUAUUGUUUCACUGUAAUUGAUCAUUAACGUUGGAGAUAAUUUCAAGAGACCUAAAUUUAGCUCCAGGGUAUUAGUCAAUGCUUUUUAAUGACCGGAUGUUGGCUUUUUAAUCUUGUUCUUUGUCCUAACACUUUAUAUUAUAUGAAAAUUGUGUGUAUGCUCACUUCUUCAGCCUUUUUCAUAUUGCUUCGAAUAAUAAUUUCUCUGUAAAAGAAAAUAAAAGAGAAAAAUGAAUAGAGUAUCGACUGUAUAACAAAGAAUUGUUUUUAAAAUCUUGUUUUACCGAAAUUGAUGAUUAACGUUGGAGAUAAUUCCAAGACACCUACCUAAAGGUACCUAUCCAUGGUAUAUUUUUUUCUUCUAAUGCAAGUAUAAGGAGAAGAAAUUAAGAUUAAAAAGCCAAUAUCCGCUCAAUUAAAAAUACAUUGACUUAUACAAAUCACCACCAACUAUGGUGAGAACGACACUGAUAUGAUCUCUACCUAACAGUCUUACACUAACAACUAUUUAUUUUAUUGUUUAUGCGUUGGCUAGACAGAAGAUACAUACAUAGGGCAAAAACAAUGAGUCUCAAGUUCAUUCUAUUAAUAGCUUCACUUGUACUUUUAUGUAUCGCAUCGUCUGAUUCGGCAAUCCUUCCAUUUCUCAGAAACCAGAAACUUCGUAAGUCUUUUGCUUCAUCUAAAUAUAAUUAUGUGUAAUAUAUGUGGAGUUUAAUUAGUUUUGAAUGUGUUGCAAGUCAAUGAAGAAGUUGGAAAAAUUCACAUUCACAAAGAAAACAAGAUCAGCGUAAAAGUCAGCCGUUCACCUCCUGCCAAAGGCAGAAAUUGCUGCAAUGAUUAAAAGAAGCUCUGCACAAUAUUCCCAACAUCAUCAGAGCUUAAAUAUGUAAAAGACUAUUUGCUCAUUAUUGUAUUAGUUUCAGUGGUAAAAUGUAAUUGUUAAAACAAGGUAUGUUUUCAACUUUCCAAAUUUUUUGUUUCUCCUCCUGUAAACACACUCUUACUCAUCCGCCUUGUUGUCAUCUCCGUAAAAUCUAUUGUAUGUUUAGUUUAGUAAAGAGGUUCUAUCACCGGGAAGGAGAAAGACUUCAGCUCCAAUUACAUAUUU